GGGGCGCGCCUGGAGAUGCAGUGUCGCGCCUGUGGUCGCAAUGGGGGGGCUGUGCAUGGGUUCUGGGGGAUCGCGCCUGAGAUCCGGGAAACGCGCCUCGGCUCACGAUGGGGGAGGGCGGCUGUCUGGGGCCAUCUGGACUCGAAAUGGGGGUCGCACCUGGGAUCGUGUUGCCUUGGGCCCACGGGUCAGGCCAACCCUCGCCCCUGCCCCAACCCACGAGUCUCCGGCUGCCUGCUGGCGGCGGCGGCGGCGGCGGAAGCGACCUGCAACACUGUUUGUCUUUUUAGGUAUCUAAAGGAGUUUAGGACAGAGCAGUGCUCCCUGUUUGUGCAGCACAAGUGCACCCAGCACAGGCCAUUUACCUGUUUCCAUUGGCAUUUCCUAAAUCAGCGUCGGCGCAGACCGCUCCGCAGGCGCGACGGCACCUUCAACUACAGCCCAGACGUGUACUGCUCCAAGUACGACGAGGCCAGCGUGUCUGCGGUCAGAGUUGGCCGCGCAGAAAACCGCUCCCGGGGCGGGCCCAGCUCCACAGGGUCGGUGUUCCCACCUGGGCGGAUCCACCUCAGGUGUCCGUACCUGCACCGGACAACCGGCGACACCGAGCGCAAGUACCACCUGCGCUACUACAAGACGGGCACGUGCAUCCACGAGACCGACGCCCGGGGCCACUGCGUGAAGAACGGGCCGCACUGUGCCUUCGCCCACGGGCCCCUGGACCUGCGGCCCCCGGUGUGUGACAUCCGGGAGCUGCAGGCCCAGGAAGCCUUGCAGAACGGCCAGCUCGGCGGUGGGGAUGGCAUCCCUGAUCUGCAGCCUGGGGUCUUAGCCAGCCAGGCCAUGAUCGAGAAGAUCCUGGGCGAGGACCCCCGGUGGCAAGACACCAACUUCGUGCUGGGCAGCUACAAGACCGAGCAGUGCCCGAAGCCGCCACGCCUCUGCCGCCAGGGCUAUGCGUGUCCCCACUACCACAACAGCAGGGACAGGCGGCGGAACCCCAGGAGGUUCCAGUAUCGGUCCACUCCGUGCCCCAGCGUGAAGCACGGCGAUGAGUGGGGUGAGCCCUCCAGGUGUGACAGUGGGGACAGCUGUCAGUACUGCCAUUCACGCACGGAGCAGCAGUUCCACCCUGAGAUCUACAAAUCCACAAAGUGCAACGACAUGCGCCAAACCGGCUACUGCCCUCGGGGUCCUUUCUGUGCCUUCGCACAUGUGGAAAAGAACCUGGGAAUGGCCACCGACUGGGGCUGCCGAGACCUCACGCCCACCAGCGGCUCCACGGCCAGCAGCGGCCCACCUGGAAACGCAAAGUGGAGGGACUCACCUGCUGACGGCAGCCAGAAAGCCAGUGAGCACGACAGUAAGCAGAACCACCUGGCGGUGUUUACAGUGGUUCACCCGCUUGCUCCCAGCGUGAGCUCCAGCGUGGCGUCCAGCCUGGCAUCCAGUGCUGGUUCCAGCGGCUCCUCCCCCACUGCUCUGCCCAUUCUCUCGGCCCGUGCCCACCCACUGGACCCCACUGGCAGUGCCCUCGAGUCCAUCCCAGGUUCUGCCUUAGAUCUCCAUCUUAGUGAUGUAAGCCUCGCUCCCCUGGAUAAGGAGCUGGACGAGCAGGACGGAAGUGACCUGGGACCCGCAGGUCAGAGGUCGCUGGGGGGCUCAGAGCCCGUCACCAUUCCUGGCUGCCUGGCCCGCUCCCCAUCCCUGCAAUCCUCGUCAUCCCUGUCCACCUCCCCGCUCAGCUCGCUCUCCCAGUCCUUGUCGGGGCCUCUUGUCUCCUCGGCCAUGACGCCCCCCCAGCAGCCGCCACCCCUCAAGUCGGAGCCCAGGGUGCUGGGCUCCUCGGCCUCGUCCUACAACUCCCUAGGUUUGAAUGGCGUCCCUGGGAGCAUCUGGGACUUUGUUUCCGGCAGCUUCUCUCCCAGCCCGUCCCCCAUUCUGAAUGCCGGCCCCACAUCCACUGCAAGUGCAAGUCCAAAUGGCGCCGAACUGGCACGGGUCAGGCGGCAGCUGGACGAGGCCAAGAGGAAGAUCAGGCAGUGGGAGGAGUCCUGGCAGCAAGUGAAGCAGGCCUGUGACGCAUGGCAGCGGGAGGCCAAGGAGGCGAAGGAGCGUGCGCUGGCAGCGGACAGUGCCCGGCAGCUGGCACUGCAGAAGAAGGAGGAGGUGGAGGCCCAGUUCAGGCAGCUGCAGGAGGAGCUGGAAGGCCGGGGCAUGUCCACACUCCCGGGGCUGCGGGGCUGCAGCGACAUCGGUGCCAUCUCACUGCCCAAGCUACAGUCGCUGCAGAGUCAGCUACGCCUGGAUCUGGAGGCGGUGGACGGGGUGAUCUUCCAGCUCAGAGCGAAGCAGUGCGUGGUGUGCGGAGAGCCGGCCCGCGGCGCCGUCCUGCAGCCCUGCCAGCACCGUGUGCUCUGCGAGCCCUGUGUGGCCAGUGCGCCUGAGUGCCCCUACUGCGAGGGCCAGCCCCUCCAGUGGUGACAGCAGCCAUGGUGGCCUCACUUCCUGGUGCCACCGACGUCGGGACCCCAGCCCAGCUGCAUCGUUUCAUGGUAUUCUCGUAGACCUUAAAGGCAAACCCACCGCACCCACCUGCAGCCCAGGUUUCGGGUGGGCACAGUAAUGACAUGGGGUUUGCGGUCCUGACACUACUGUGACCACAUCCUGGGAGUUCACGUCCCGGCCAAGCACUUUGUAAGCAGAGGAAUUUACGUGGACGGUCUCAGCUGCUAUAAGCUGCUUUCUAGGUUCAUGUCUUUUUAAUAUGCCAUAUGAAGCUUUGUAUGUGUACUGUGAACUUAAAGUAUUUCCUAUCAGUUUAUUGUAAUUCAUAGUAUGGUAAAUAUAUUAGAUUUCAUAUUCUGAAAUUAGUACUUAUGAAAUGAGCAUUUAUCUAGUAGUGAGAAAUGCCUAGGAUUUUUAUAGGUUUUAAAUUAAGUGCAAAUAGUAUUUAUAGCAGAGUGAUUAUUGAAAGACAUACAUUUAGAUGUUUUUAAUUUUAUGAAAGGAACUGUUCCUAACCAUGUGCUCGUGCACACUAAUUGGAGUUUUAUUUCCCAACACCGUGCAAAGUGAGGGAGCUCAAUUACGCAUCUAUGACCCGUGGCCACUUUUUCUAAGUGCCUGUGCCUUGCAAAAGGAGAAUGGUUCACUUGGUUUUAUUUUCUCCCUUGAAACUUUGUAAGACAAUUUGAUACUAGUGAAAAGUGCAACCAAGGGGUACAUCUGUUUUACAAGCCACUUUGCAUAGCUUCCUGGAGCUGGCCCCUGGGCACUCCCCACACCUGGGACCACCUGGACUCCUGCCAGAGUGGGCAGGCUCGCCCGUCUUCACAUUAGACUUCAGGCGACACUUUGGACACUGUUGUCUGAACUGUGUGUCUAGGUAUUGUCAGUCAUCGUGAAGACCUGGCGCUGUGCCCGGGCAGGGGCUGCCCUGAGGACCUGGCUCUAAUGCUGGUCCCCGGGCCCCCACGUAGCAGCCUGGCUUCAGGUCCAUGGAGGAAACGCCCGAGAACGGGUCUGAUUUAGUGAUGACCUGUCUUCUCUGGUCUACAAUGGGUCAUUUUUUUCUAGAAAUCUGGGAGGAAGUAAAAGAUGUCUGUAGUUUACCCCAACUUUGCUCAGUGAGGCCAAUCUCGAUGGCUGUGAGGAAAUCUUCGCAGAACCUGCCAUUUGGGAGGCGGGAGCAGGUACUGGCCCCUCCAGCCUGGAAGUGAACACUUGUGUUUCUACUUGCCUGGGGCUUUGCCAAAGAAUUUUAAUAGCAUUUUUAAAGUGCAAAGUGACUAGGUAAAAAUUUUUAUCAGUGACCAAAUUAGAAUGUAUUUACUAUAAUAAGUUUAAAACAUUUUUAACAUAAGAAACUGAUAAACAGUUAUCAUUUUAAAGGUGGAUCCAUGACAUUCCACAGCUAGUGUGCUACUAAAGGUUAACUAUUGACUUGGUUUUAAUAAAUCCUGUUUUUAAUUAUAGUGAUAAUGAUUUAUUAGGUCUUAGAAAUUACGUAUAUUUUGUGCUACUGUUAUCACUGUUUAAAAUUAUUUUUUAUUAAUAUUUAUGCACUUGUUUUCCAUGUUAGGCCUUGGGCCUUUUUGGGGAUAACAGGACCGUGUUUAUUACUGAUAUCUAGCCUAGACAUUUUACAAUUAUAAACAAUUAAGAACAAUUAAGCUUUAGGUCUAUUUAUAAGCUACUCGGUCAGUUCUGUGGAGUUUGGGGGCCGUAGGUGUAGUGCCCACAGGGGUACCACAGCUGGUGUUCGGGCGCAGCCCCUGAGCACUUACCCUUCUCAGGUCAGGACUGGCUCUGAGAAUAGAUGUGUGGUGGGAAGACCAAAGAACCAUCCAGAAUGGAACUCCCAGGGUGCCCGGGCACAGUUAGGGCUGUCAUUGUGGUACACCCCCAGGGGGCUGCUCCUUGGGGUCCUCCCCCACCACCUGCAGGGGCCCUGAUCUCAUGAGGGAGCCACCCUUUGCAGGCCUCGUGGGCUUAGGGGCCUCACCAUCCCCUCUGGGUGGGAGGGGAGUGCUGGGUGUAGCAGGGAAAGCCGUGUGGUGCUCAGUGUCUCAGCUCUAGUGCUCAAUAUUAGCAGUAAUAUUAUUGUCAUACUGCUCGUGCAGCUGAUCAGCAAACCUCAACUCAGUGUGUGGACACUUCAUGUGGACUAAUUUAUGAAAGCCCCCAAUCUGUAUGUUUGUUCUGAGUAUUUAGAUGAGACUGUUAUUGGAAUGGAAUUUUCUUAACCCAGAAGGUAGUAUUUAUAAGGCAUAAUCAUUUACUUUAGUGAACUGUUUAAAGUUGUUAACACUUGUUUAAAUUUUUUUACACUACAACAUUUAUGCAAUGGUUUACAGAAUUCAUGGAAUUAUUUUUAUCAGUAUGGAAUUAAAACUUUGAAUCUUUA